AUGACAGCCCCAAAUACGAACAUACUCUCGCAGAAGGCUCGCCUUAUCUCGAGAAGACAGUUUGUCCAUAUAUGGGCGCUCUGGGACGACUGUGACAUGCGCUCCGCCGGUCCCCUUGUCUUGGCCGUUGUGGUCAUGUUGCCAAAGUCAAGUCAAGCGGCCGACACGAACAUAUCCUCGACAAACUCCUCUUCAUGCUCCCUCCCGCCGAAGUUCACGACCACGAACUUCACUGCCUGUAUGCAGGCGUUCCAUAGCCUUCCAGCCACCUGCCACGACCUCCCUGGCUUGUACGACAACAAGAGAAACCCCGUCUCGAGCCCCCAGGAUGCAACAGCCAUCUCGCUUGAGCUCUGCCGAUCGGUGUGCGGCGCAUCACCUGAACCUUUCCAGUGGAACACGUUCAGCCCUCAGUUUGGCGCCUGGCUGCUUCCUUGGCUCGCUCUAAUUCCUCAACUCCCCUUUGGAUCGCGCAACAGAUCCGAUAACUUGAUGUCCAUGCUAUUGGUCCUUGGUUCACCUGCGCUGGGUGCCUACUCGCUCAUCUUCACUGCCCUCAACGGACACUGGAUAUCACGCAGACUGUCGGGUAUCAGAUACCCCAAUGUCAAGAACGCGUGGCGUGUACUCAGCAGCCUGCAGCAAUCUGCUCUUCGCAUCGAUGAUGAGCAGGGGCACUUCUCGAGUCUGAUCGUCGCGUCAGAAAACGAUGGCUGGUGGAAAGAGCUCGCGCGCGAACUGGACUACAAGCAGACGUGGUCGCUUGCUAUAGUAGCCCAGAUCGCUUGGGUGCUCGUUGCAUUCAUCUUUCUGUGGUUGCUUCCCAUAGUGAUCGGCUACCUUCAGCUGGCGCCCAAAUGCGACGACGAGAAGGUGCGAGGGGCUGUCGAGUACGUCAAUAAGAGUAAGGCGUAUCUUGCCGGUUCUGGCGCCGACUCGAAACCCGAGCGCGUAACUCCAGGGCACUAUGGCCUUCGCAUUGAAGGUAGAGAAUCCGGCGAAGUCAACAAGGACGAACAAGCCUGUGCGCCCAUAUUCAACUACGCACGCUUUCUACCGUGGACUAUGUGCGCCGAGUAUGUUGCCAGAGCAUACGAUCUGGCCGAUAGGAAGGUGAUCAACCACAAAUCAGUUUCGGGAGUUUGGAAGGAGCAUUGCAUGCUUUGCAAAGAAAGCGAUGUUUGUUGCCGCAACAGGGAAGGCAAUAUCGAACAGGUUCGCCUGUACACGAAGGACGACGAAGGACUUCGAGGACUCAUUGCGACGGGCGUCUUCGGGCGUUUCCUCAUCUCUUCUGCCAUUGCCUUCGCCCUUCUGUGGGGUACGGUUGGUGGGGGUAUUGUCGUCGUCCUCUAUACUCCGACCAAGGGUCUUGGCUGUCGUAGCGGCGCGUACAUUCUGUAUGCAGCGGUCGCGACGGUCAUAUGGCUCUUCAUGGUUCUGGUAUCUGUCCUGUCUUAUUACGCUAGCCCGCCUGCAGUCCUAACUUCGGAAACGAAGUACCACGCUAUCGCCGAGGACGAUGACGAGACUCUAGACAACCAUGGAGCCAUCCCCUUGGACACCCUUGCACACUCAGGUGGUGGUCCGACGGAGGUGAAUGUUACCCUUCUCCCUCACGCGCAGGCUUCACCGCGGCGCCAAACACCCUCCGCCCGGCUAGCAGCCAACUUUGCAGUGGGGUUUCGAAGGUUGGGAAAGACAUUGGCCAUCGCCAAUUCCGCGUGGAUCAUUCUUGUAUGCAUCAUGCAAUUCUCAAAUAUAUUCGACGAGUGCUUCUGCAAUGCGAGUACGAUCGGCCUGGGAUCCUCUGCUUAUUUCGUCAUCAACCUCCAGCCGGGCGAUGUUCAGGCCAUGAGAUUAACUUGGGGCUACGCACUUGGCCUUUCCCUUGGGACCGCGGCUGCCUUCGUCGUAUUCGUAGCUCUGUUUGUUGAUCCUCCCACUCCCGAGGUUGUGCGCGGCAGAUAG